AACAGCCAUUUUCCCAAAUCACAUUAGUGCAAGAAGUGAGGUAUGGAAUGUUUUGCUUUCAUUGGAUUCCAUUUCACGAGGAUUACGGACGAAAUGACGCUGGAUUUGCCAAGGAUUCGUCCAAUUUCAAUAACGUUCACUGGUGUUAUUCGACGAAAAAAAGGAUAUUCUUCUCAGCUUCGUGUGCAAGAAUGAGAUAUCGUGCUGGAUAAAACAAGCCGAUCACCAAGAGAAACAUCAACCUGGAACUUCACCUUCCAAAAAGAGUAGAAAGGAGUACGUCAGGUCAGAGAUUCAAUCGCAGCUUCGAUGAUCUCCAUAACGACUAAUUAGGAUCUGUUCUCAAGGUGACUGGAAGACAACGUAAUGAUCCUUAGUCUGAACAACCCUGGCUCGUAAUACGAACUAAUUGGCAGGAUCCGUUGAUAGCGAACGCUGUACCCCUAUUUGGAGGAAGCUAGGAGCCAAAACGAUCAUCGGUACCGAUUGGUGGCUAACCGUAAAAAUCAAUCAUGCGGGUCAAGUAAAUGAAGUGCGCUCUAUACCAUUUGAGUCUUGUGAUGAGUAACAUUGUUGAUUAUCGUCCAAGCCUAGCCGAGCCUCCCGGUGGAGAAAAUCUCCUUGAUAGAUGCUGGUACUUUGCUUCAGGAAAAUCGCUUACAGUCAUAGAGGAAAUGGAACACUUUCUAGUUUUGAUACGCGCUCUGGAGGAUUAGGGUGACAGCUGCCAGGGGUUUGCGCCCGCCUAUAUUUCCACGGAAAAUGAUAUAUGUACCAUAAGUUCGACGGGGGUUCUUCAACAGAGCGAGCCAACUUUCGUGCGUCUAAACAAUAAACCUGUGAUUUUAUUGUUCGGACCUCUAUAUAAGAUAGCACGCUCUCGCCUUUUUUUUCACAGUUCUCCUUUCAGCUCUCGCCGACGUCCAGCUCAGUUGCGGACGCAUUUCGAGUUAUUGCCUCAACGCCCGAUGGAACAUUACAGCUUUUGGAUUGUUAACACGCUACUCGUUUACCUUACCUUCAACUAUGCAUUGUGUAAUCCAUUUGAUAAGGAGAAUUUAGAAUCGUCAAACAGGAGAUCUGAAUAUGAUGACUAUUCGUGGCCAAACUUACCCUCGCGACCAUUCUUUCAUCCUUGGAGGAACGAAUAUCGCGGGAGAAAAAUGUGGAACUAUGACAGACCAGAACCACCCAGAUCGCCUUUUCAUCCGGAAGAAUUACCGGUCGGACUUCGAACCCCUUUUCUGGGCUUCCGGGAGUCCAUUUUCGAAAAGGUGAUCAUUCCUCAUUUGCGCGGUAACUCCAUCCCUUCUCGGCAGAAAAGUUACAGAAAUUUCGACCAGAACGCUCUUUUUCGUCACGAAGUCGAGGAAUCAAAUUUUAAACUCCCGAAAUCUUAUUUCGCUGAAAGUCCUCUAGCCAGUGAAAUAAACUUCCAGCAUGAAGUGGAAGAACCGAGUGAAAAAUCGUAUAGCUUCGACAAGCUUUUCCGACUUGGAACUGGAAAUUUGCCGCUAAGUAAUUCUAAGAAGACUUUCGCAUAAUCAACAUCUCCAAUUCAAUCCUUAUCAACAUGUUUCGGCGUCUCUUGAAGAGCGACUCACAUGUAUUCAGAAUUUUAUAAAAGCUUCGCAUCAAAUCUAAUAAUAAAUGUUUUCUUUUUAAA